AUGGGAGCAUUGCGCAUCGCGGCGACUCUGUUUCUGGGUGUUGCCCUUGUCAUGGUCACUGUUCAUCACUUGCAAAGUACCGAUCGACGGGCUGAGCUGGGAUGGCGAUCGGAGGUGACGCCGAUGGAGGUUGACCGCCAGGUGGCUAUGGUGCCUUCUCAGGACGUGACGUUUGUCGUGCGCAACGCUGAUCCGAGGGUUGCCGAGAGCAUCGGCGAACUUUUCGACCAAGGAUAUGUGAACGAAAGGGAGGCGCCGGAGUCUGUUUCAUACGAGCUACCAGUCAGCUCGAACAGCGUAAUCCUUCAAGAGCCUGUGACGCCGAUCGCAGCAGAGCAAGAGACUCUCCUGCCUCCUGCCACUGCACCAGUGUCGGUACAGCAGCCCACCUUUGAAGUCUCCGGCGAGCUGGAGCCUGUUGGUUCUGUUGCUGUCCAAGAUGGGGAGAGGAGGAGGAGUGCGGGGGGAGUGCAGCUAGGCGAGCAUGCAGCCAAGGUGAAACUUGAUGCUCUUGCGCGCAUCAUCGAUCGGAGUGAGAAACUGUCGAAAAAGAACGAAGUGAAGGAGGAGGAGGAGGAGGAGGAGGAGAGCAGCGGAGGGCGGGAGAAAAUGCAGCAGAUGGUCGAAGAGAACAAGAAAUCCCUUAAGGAUCUCAGCAUUGCCAUGGAGCGGCAGAAGCUUGUCAAUGCAGGAGACUACAAGCUCCUCUACCUGAAACUUCAGCGGGUUCGGGAGGCUCUUCACGCUCUUCAGCUGUCCUCCACUUCUGCGACUUCGCAGCUGAAGCGGGAGCUGCUGCAUGCUCAAGCUCUCAUCUCGAGAGGAAAGUCGAUGCUCGUUCAGCGUCAGCAGCGUCAGCAGCCAGCGCGACAGCCUGCAGAGCCCCUGGCUGCUGACGUCACCCCCGAGUGCGCCAAGGCUCAAGUCUUCUGCUCUCCUCCUUCAGCCGCGCAGGAAGCCGCGAGGCGAGAGGGAGGCGGAGCGUGGAGGAGGCUGGGUGGCUUGAAAGCUGUCAGUGACGACGGGGGGGAGGAAGGAUCGCGGGAGGAGAGGAGGGGGCAGGACCAAGAUCCUGAGACCCUGUUCUCGGGGUAUCACCUAGCAGGAGGUAGGCAUCCGGGUCAAGACCUGAACAAGGCAAGGGAGCAGUUCCUCCUUCACAGCAUGAGGCCGUCGAGGAGGAGUCAAGACCCCCUGGCCCAGCGCAGGAUCGCCAUAUCCCAGUCGCUGCUGCGAACAGCUGAGGGAGGAGCCGGGGAGUCGCAAGCAGAGAACGAGGGGCGACCGAGAAGGGGAGACGCUGGUUCCUUAGCACGGAACGUGGGAGGGCAGUCGAGCAGCGAGAGGCUUUCAACGUGCAAUGGCGGAGAAGAAAGAGGUGAGGAAGAGGACGAGGAGAAGAAAGACGAGCAAGGGGUCGCGGGAGCGAUGAGGGAGAAGCGGGAGCCAUACAAGUAUGCCAUGACAGGGCGAGUAUUCGAGCACUUCAUGCAUAACCCGAACCCCCGCCAGCUCAGCACCAGCUGGGAUCAGCAGCGCAAGGGCGCGCGGCAGCACGCGGAGACACCGCGCGGGUACCUGGGGUCAGGCCGGAGCUUCGGAUGA